GUAUGGCGGUGUAGUCGCGCCCCCUGAAGACGGACAGUUUCCUGCUUCCCUUCACCAGAACCAGACCCGAACCCAGCGGGCGGGGUUCGGUUAGCAGCACCGCGGACGGGCGGAAGAUGGCGAAGACGUACGACUACCUGUUCAAGCUGCUGCUCAUCGGGGACAGCGGCGUCGGGAAGACAUGUCUCCUCUUCCGGUUCAGCGAGGACGCCUUCAACACCACCUUCAUCUCCACCAUCGGAAUCGACUUUAAAAUCAGAACCAUCGAACUGGACGGAAAGAAAAUCAAGCUUCAGAUCUGGGACACAGCGGGCCAGGAGAGGUUCAGGACCAUCACAACUGCCUAUUACAGAGGCGCCAUGGGCAUCAUGCUGGUGUACGACAUCACCAACGAGAAGUCCUUUGAUAACAUCAGGAACUGGAUACGCAACAUCGAGGAGCAUGCGUCUUCAGACGUGGAGAGAAUGAUCCUGGGAAACAAAUGUGACAUGGACGACAGGAGACAAGUGUCCAAGGAGAGAGGAGAGAAGCUGGCAAUCGAUUACGGGAUCAAGUUCCUGGAAACGAGCGCGAAGUCGAGCAUCAACGUGGAAGAAGGAUUCCUCACACUCGGCAGAGAUAUCAUGACUCGACUGAACAGGAAGAUGGUGAGUUUACUAGAGACAGACAGACAGACCGACAUCAGCCCGUCAGCAGGGGGGGGGUCAGUGAAGAUCACACAGUCUCGCUCCAAGAAGACCUUCAGGUGUUCACUGCUGUAGCUCCUCCCCUAGUUCCUCGUUGCAGGAGACCAAAAGCAUAGAACAAAAUGAGGAAGAACGUUUUUUUCUUCGUCAUUGUGAUGAAGACGACGACGAAGAUCACAUAAUGCACUGAGGUCACAAUGUCUCACUGAGUUUUUACAUAAUCUCUUUAAAUGUUUAAUUCUAAAACCUUUUAACCAAAGUAUUGCAUAUUUCACGGAGCUGAUUGUUACUGAUAUAUAUGUAUAAAUAAUAUAUACAUAUUGUGUACAUUUAGAGAUACUCAUUUUGACACAUUUUAACAACAAAAAAACGGAACAUAGGAAUAUAGUGUUUUAAUUUAUUUUGAACCAAAGUUUUCAUAGUAUUGUUUUAUUCCGUUCUGUAAUUGUCAAUAUAAGAAAAAUCUAAAGGAAUUAACGGUAAAAACAUAUCUUUGAAUCGGAAUGCUGCGUUCAGGUCUCCUGUAAAACUGAGUGUUCAAUCUGUCUGACAAGUUUUUGAUACCUUUCUGUAUUUUUGUAUUUUUCCCUUUUCUUUAACAUGAAGAGUUGAUUUUGUAAACAUUUCAUAAGAUUUCUGUUUAUCAAAAUGUUUGAAUUCUUAUUUUUAUAUGAAUCAAAGAAUGUCUAAAAUAUGUAAUGUCUUAAAAGAUUUUAUUGAAAUGUGA